AAGGAAGGAUGCACGAACUGUCAAGAUCAAGAAGAACAAGGAUAUGGUCAAGUUCAAGGGUUGAGUGUCCGACUUUGAGAAAGCUGACAAUUGUUGAAGCAAUCACUUCCUCCAGGCAGGGUGCACUCUCCACUGGAUUUGACAGAGGAGGAAUGGGAUACGAUCUACAAAACGAACUUAAGAGGGGCAUGGUUAGUGACCAAAUAUGUUUGUAUUCAUAUGCGUGCUGCUAAUCAAGGAGUAUCUGUUAUUAAUAUCUCUUCUAUCGCUGGUCUUAAUCGUGGGCAAUUGCCAGGCGGUCUUGCUUAUGCUUCUUCAAAGGAUGCUCUUAACAGCAUGACAAAGAUGAUGGCCCUCGAAUUAGGACCAUACAAGAUCAGAGUGAACUCAAUAUCACCAGGACUUUUCAAAUCUGAGAUAACAGAAGGCCUCGUGAAAAAGGACUGGAUUCAUAAUAUUGCAUUGAGAACCGUUCCCUUGAGAACGCAUGGAACUUCAAAUCCCGCUUUGACUUCAGUAGUACGUUAUUUAAUCCAUGAUUCCUCAGAAUAUGUUUCAGGCAACAUGUUCAUAGUAGAUGCUGGAGUUACUUUACCAAGUGUGUUCCAAUUUUCUCAUCGCUUUAGUCAUAGAGGAAAUUGAAUUUUUCUGUUUGAGUAUAGUGAUACAUGAUCCGGAGGUUAAGAAAAGGUUAUAGAAAUGUUUGGGAACGAACACGGUGCUUCCAACAUUUAUCUGCUGUGUAGUUUGUGAAGGAAACAGCAGGUUGAAUUUGGUUACACGUUGAAUUUAAUGUUUUGGUGUGAGAUGUUUAAGGUAAAGAAGGCCUUUUUUUCAGGGAAUUGUUCUUCCUUGUUUGGCUCUAUCUGAAAUUGUAUUAUUAAUUGAAUUCAGUUAACUGCUUUGAAGUAAAGUUAAUUGUUUUUAUAAGGUUGAAGUGGCAGUUAUAUUUGUGUUGCUGACUUUUUUUUUCCGCUUCACUCAGAGAAGCUAUUUAAAUGUUACUCAUUGAACAAUUGAAAUAAUUCAAGGAAGCAGGAGACAUGUUAUUGUUGA